UAAACUGUUGCUCGUUCAGGCGCAGUCAGUGGUGGGGCAGCUCCCUUUCGCUCCGUGUGAUUUCAGCGCAAAGUGACCCGUUUAGCAGAAAGUGACCCCACCACUGAGAAAUAACAAUGCACGUGAUCGCUCUGUAAAAAACAGAGCAUAUUUCCAUACAAAUUUGCGCUUUGAGCAAUGGACAUAAUCUAAUCAUGUCGAUUAAGUUACAUCUACAUCGCUGAACGAUUGCUCUAUGGAGUUCUAACUUAACAAGAACCUUUCCUGUGAAAUAAAAUGGGCAAACUUCAAUCAAAACACGCUUGCAAACGUAGAGAAAACCCUGAAGGAGACAGUUUGGUCAUAAGCGCCUCCCGUAGGGGGAUAGAAGAAUUCGAGCGCUUCGGUGCUGCAGAGCGUAAAAUAAAAGAUGCGCAGGAGAUACCAGGCAGCGAACCGAGUGAUGGGCAGUUUCUAGACAAUCACGGUCCCCUGGAGGUGACAUUGGCCCCGGAGAAGUCGGAAGGUGGGGGGAGCUUCGGGAAUGGGGAACGAGACGCGGCAAAAGACCACGGCAAGAAGUGUGUCACCAUGGAGGACCUGGAAUGCGCCGUGUCUGUGGAGGAAGAUAACCGUCAGGAGUGGAUCUUCACCCUUUAUGACUUUGACAACAAUGGCAAAGUGACCAAAGAGGACAUGUCCGGUCUCAUGCACACCAUAUAUGACGUGGUGGAUGCCUCAGUGAAUCACUCAUCCAGCAGUAAGGGCAGAAGCCUGCGGGUGAAGCUGACCGUAACCCCAGGGCCCAGCGAGCGUAGGCGGGAGGGCCUCACAGGGGGGUCAGAGAGGGACUCGAGGUGCAGCCGACCCGAGCCUGAUCAUCAGGAAGAGGGGCGCUGUGUGGACAGAAGACCUUCGACGCACUUCAGGAGGCAGAACAAUGACGCUUCUCUGCGUGCCGAGAGAAACCAUUACUGUGUUGACGAGAACACGGAGAGAAGGAAUCACUACCUGGACCUGGCUGGGAUAGAAAAUUACACCUCAAGAUUUGAAAGUGGGGGUGCCCUUCUGCAGCCUCAUCAGGAAGCCCAAGGGCGGGGGGGGACUGUGUGGCAGAGCCGAGCUCGCUCCCAGGAGUCCGAGGCCCACGUAGCCCACCAGCGCCGCUCGCAGGUCCUAGGGGAGAACUGCGCUUUUAUGGAAACACGUGGGAGGGGAGCCCAGUUUCUGAAGUCACCUAAAGGCACAUUGAAGGGUGUGGGCGGAAUCCCAGGGGGUGCGAUCGGAGGUAACAGAUCCGGCAGGCCGCUGGCUGGCUCCCAGGCGGGGCUGGGUGCUCAGGAUGUGUACCCCCUCCCUGCCCAGACCCCUGCACCCCCAGCCCACCCCCAGCAUCCGAUGUAUCACAGCUCCAGCAGGCGGCUCCGGGUGAGAGCCAGGGACACUCUCUCCCCGCCCAGGGCCCCCUACCCCACAUUUCAGCAGCAGCCGGCCCCCUCUGGCGUCCCCCCGGGCUUGGAGCGGGAACAUGCGCCCGCCCAUCCUGGCAGCCCUGGGUUUGUGGUGCCCGUCGUCCAGCGGCAUGAGCACCACCAUCACCAUGAGCACCACCAUCACCACCACUACCACCACUACCACCAGUCAUGAAUAAAGAGGGCGGGGCUUCACAUGCGGCUGGUUAGCUGCUCCAUCUUCUCAGAUAUCUCACCCCACUUGUGCCGAUACCCUGCAGCUGCUGACACACACACGGUAUGCUGGCAAGCAGGAAAAACAGCUAUUAUCCCACAAAGGGCCGUUCUCUCGAUAUGAAUUCCAGGGUUUUUCUUAAGUUUCCUAUUGUAGCCCCAGCCAGUCACAUGACCAGAUGAGCAGUGGUGUGGCUAGAGAGCCCCCCACCCAACCCAGCCCAAUCCAAUUAUGUUCCAAAUUGUCACUCAGGGGCCCUUGAUAUCAUCCUAACGUCCCCCCCCCCCCCUUUACGGCACCCCUACAGAUGGGUAGCAGGCUCCCUUGCAGUCCUAUUCAUGUGGAUAUUACCCAUUAAAUAGAGCGAAUCCAGGGAGCUGACGUCUGUAUCACAGUCCCUCCCUCAGCUGUGAUUUCAGCUCUUUAAGCUUCGCUGAAAAUGUGGUUUCCUACCUGCUGUCAGCUCUGCUGUGGGCGUGGGGCCUUUCCUCUACAUGUGUGUGUUUUUAAAUAUAUUAUGUAUUUUAAAUCACUACUGUCAUUUGAAUUUGAAUACCUUUCCUAUUCAUAUAAUUAUAAAAUAAUUAUAUUGUAUAUGCAUAUUUAUUGUUGCUUCUAUACACAUAUACUCUUUUAUAUAUUUUA